GUUGAAUGCGCACCAGCAGAGGGCGGGGCCAGGAAAUGACAUGGCCGCCUCCAUAUACGGCGCUUUUUCGCCUCUCUCCGGUUACUUGUAGGUUAAAUUAGUUAGUCUUUUUUCCACACCAACUUUCGGCCGUAUUGACCGGGACACCGCCCCACGGAGCUUAGCAUGGGCACCGUCCAUGCCAGGAGCCUGGACCCUCUGCCCAUGCGAGGGCCCGAGCUGGGAGUUCAACCUGACGACAUUGAGGCUCCAGAGAUUGAGCAGGAGCCAAAGCAAGAAGUUCUUGAAAACAAGGAUGUUGUCGUUCAACGAGUGCACAUAGACGGGCUUGGGAGAACGAAGGAGGACCUGCUGACUCAUGAAAUCUCUGGAGUCUUCCGGGCAAAGAACUUGAUUGAUGUGAUGCGAAAGUCCCAUGAGGCCCGACAGAAGCUGCUGCGUCUCGGGAUCUUCAGAAAAGUCGAAGUUGUUAUUGACACGUCACGAGGUGAGGAUGCUCUUCCUAACGGCCUCGACGUGACAUUCGAGGUCACUGAGCUGAGACGGAUGACGGGCAGCUACAACACCAUGGUUGGAAACAACGAAGGAAGCAUGGUACUGGGCCUGAAAUUGCCCAAUGUUUUUGGUCGGGCAGAGAAACUAACCUUCCAGUUCUCCUACGGCACCAAAGAGACAUCCUAUGGCCUGUCCUUCUUCAAACCCCAGCCAGGGCACUUUGAACGCAACAUCUCCCUCAACGUGUACAAAGUAACCGGUCAGUUUCCCUGGAGUUCACUGAGGGAGACAGACCGAGGCGUCUCCGCAGAACUGAGCUUUCCUUUGCUGAAAACCAGCCAAACCCUGAAGUGGGAGGGGGUGUGGAGAGAGCUGGGCUGUCUGGCUCGCACUGCAUCGUUUGCUGUCCGGGAAGAAAGCGGUCAUUCCCUCAAGUCCUCGCUUUCGCACGCUAUGGUCAUCGACACCAGAAACUCCUCCAUCCUUCCCAGGAAAGGAGGCCUGUUGAAAAUCCAUCAGGAACUCGCUGGUUAUACUGGGGGGGAUGCCAGUUUCCUGAAGGAGGACUUUGAGAUCCAACUCAACAAAACUCUCUUCUGGGACUCAGUCCUCUCUGCCUCACUGUGGGGCGGUUUGCUCCUGCCCAUUGGUGACAAGCCAACAAGCAUAGCAGACAGGUUCUAUCUCGGUGGCCCGACCAGCAUUAGGGGAUUCAGUAUGUACAGUAUGGGUCCACAAAGUGAAGGUAUGGCAGGCGACUACCUGGGAGGAGAGGGCUACUGGGCUGGAGGCCUCCACCUCUAUACGCCUCUACCCUUUAGACCAGGCAGGGGGAGCUUUGGUGACCUCUUCAGAACUCACUUCUUCCUCAAUGCCGGAAACCUUUGUAACCUUAACUAUGGUGAGGGGCCACAAGCUCAUUUGAAGAAACUGGCAGAAUGCAUCCGCUGGUCCUAUGGACUGGGCAUUGUGUUACGUUUGGGGAACAUUGCCAGGCUGGAGCUGAAUUACUGCAUUCCCAUGGGAGUCCAGAGUGGAGACAGGAUAUGUGACGGGGUCCAAUUUGGAGCUGGAAUCAGAUUCCUAUGAAACCGCAUUUCUUGGAUCUAGGGCUUCCUUGUAUUUAAGCAUUUUAUGUCAAAAGCAUUUAAUUGGAGGGGAAAUUGCUUGUACAGAAUUGUUAUUGCUACUAAUUAGUCCAAUAAAAUUGCUUGCACUC